AAUUCCUGUGAGCAAGUAAAAUCAAUAUAUCAUAUCAGCCUGCAAUCUGCAAAUCCUAUUUGGGAGGUUAAACCAGGUGCAUUCCUCUUAAAAAUGGCUUCAUGCUCAGAAGCUUUUUGAAUCCUAUUACUUGAAUCAUAAUCUUGCAUAAAUGUAAAUGAAUAAAUAACUUUUUUUUUUUUUUUUUACUGCUUUCCCAUUAUUUACUGCUUUCCCAUUAUUACAGAAUUGAUAGAAUGUGCUACUCAUGUUUAAUUCUGGUAAUUUAUGCAAGUUAAUAUAAUAUAAUAUAAUAUAAUAUAAUAGCCUUUACAAUAUGAUUAUAUGCACAAAAUACUACUAUAAAGAUGACUUUAAAAAAGCAAAAGUUUUGUUUAGGCUUCUCUACUCCAGUCUUCAGGACCCACUGCUCUAUAUAUUUUGUAUGUCUCUCGGUUCAUGGAGCUCUCCUAACGAGCUGAUGAUCUGAAUCAGGUGCGUCAAAUAAUGGAGACAUACAAAAUCCAAAACGGAGUUGAGAAACACAGGGAGGAUAUGUCUUGUCUGUCAUUCAGUUUUACUGAAAUUGUCAUGUCAGUUUCAUAUGUGUUUCAAAAGGGGCGCCAGAAGCACGGCAAACUGCUGGAAGACACGGCGGCUUCCGUAAGUCACAUUCUGUUAGCUGUUUGUUCAGACUAGUUAUGUUUACACUCUUCUGUCGUCCGGAUUUAUCUGUGUGAUUUAAGCAUUUGGACUAAACCAUGGACGAAUCAGAUACAAGCGCUAUUCUUGCGGAGGACUCCAGCAAAGUCUGUUGUUGUUUUAAGGUGACACAAAACAAACCUCCUCCGCCGUGUUCAUGUCCAUUUUCUGUGACCGUGGAGCCUGUUAUGUUCCUGUCCACGUUCUCCAUAGUUCUCCAGAUGCCUUUAUACACGCAGUACCUGUGGGAUCGUCUCAGUGAAGAUGUGGGUUAUAAUGGAACAAAAGGAGGAGGAUGUAAUGCAUCUACAGUCCAAGACCCUCUGCAGAAGGAAGUGGAGACUCUGACUGCACACUGGAACCUGUACAUUAAUUUGGGUGGUUUUCUAGUUGGGCUGAUUAUGGUGACCCUGUUGGGCUCGUGGAGUGACCGUGCAGGUCGGCGUCUGGUUCUGAUCAUCCCAUCCCUUGGCCUGGCUGUUCAGGCGGCAGUGUAUUUGAUUGUAAUGUACCUGAAGCUACCUGUGUUCUGGUUCCUUAUUGGGAGGAUCUGCAGCGGCCUCUCCGGGGACUUCAACGCCAUUUUGGCCGGUUGCUUUGCGUAUGUGGCCGACACAAGUGGCAGGGGGUCUCGCACCUUUCGUGUGGCGAUACUAGAGGCUUGUCUGGGAUUGGCUGGUAUGUUUGCAAGCAUCAUCGGUGGACAAUGGCGGCGGGCACAAGGGUAUAUCAACCCUUUCUGGCUAGUAUUGGCCACAAAUCUUGCAGCGGCGUUUUACACAUACCUGUUUGUGCCUGAAACGGUCACCCCUGACCCCGAGGCAAAACUCCUCUCCACCAGGCACCACCGGGCCAUCUACCGCCUCUAUGAAUCUGAUGAACCGCAGGGACGCAGAACUAAACUAUUGUUUUACACUCUCUGCUUCUUUUUGGUGGUGUCUGUACAUUUGGGCUCCAGUGACCUCUAUGUGCUCUAUGAGUUGAGUGCUCCACUCUGCUGGGGUCCAGAGCUGAUUGGUUAUGGCUCUGCGGCCAAGAAUCUUGCCUACCUCACCAGCCUGACCGGGCUCAGGGCAAUGCAGUGCUGUCUGGAGGACUCCUGGGUGGCUCUGGUGGGCCUUACCUCUAACAUUGUUGGCUUGAUUGUGAUUUCAAUCGCUGACACUACAGCUCUGAUGUUUACUGGAUAUGGCCUGUGCUUCCUUUUUAUGGCCACUACCCCAGUCUUGAGAUCUAAACUGUCCAAGCUGGUGGACCCUUCGGAACAAGGUGCUCUGUUUGCUUCAGUGGCGUGUGUGGAAGGUCUGUGCUCAUUAGUAUCUAGUGGGGUUUUUAACUCUCUGUACCCUGCCACCCUAUACUUCAUGAAGGGAUUCCCCUUCCUCUUUGGGGCCUUCAUCCUCCUCAUUCCAGCUGGCAUUAUUGGGGGCUUGGGUUGCCAGGAGAAGAGAGAGAGCAGAACAAACAGAGAAGGCUCUGGAAUAUCUUGACAUUGACUCUGUAAGAGUUUUACAGCUAGAACAGCAAAGGACAGUUCGAGUCUAAGAAGAAGCGAUGAUUUUCUGCAUAACUGGGAUCCUAAAGCUGACUGCCAAUAGAGCGCACAAAAUGGACUUGUGUGCAAUUCCUGAUGACUUGUGCAUGGCAGUCGCCAUGAUUUCGCCAUGACGUGUGUUUCUUUUUGCCAAGACAUGUUCCAACAACAUUCCUGGCCAAAAGUAAGGUUUUUGUUAAAGAAAUUAUUCAGCAAAGAUGUAUUAAAUUGAUCAAAAGUGACAGUAAAGACAUUUAUAAUGUUACAGAAUUCUAUUUCUAUAUCAAAGAAUCUUGAAAGAAAAAAAAAAAAAAUCAGUUUCCACAAAAAUGUUAAGCAGCGCAACCAUUUUUCUCAAGAACCAAAAUAACAUUUUAGACUGAUUUCUGAAGAAUCAUGUGACACUGAAGACUGGAGUAAUGAUAUUGAAAAUUAAGCUAGAAUAACAUUUUUUUUUUUUUUUUUUUUUAAUGUGGAUGUGUUUGGAGAUGGCUUUAAGUAAGACAUAGGUAUGUGGAUUUCCCAAAAAGUGUAGACACUGUGACUCUGUGGUGCUAUCAAAACAUUGUUUCAUCCUCCCCAGAAUGACACAGCAACAUUAGCUCAACCAAUGGCAUGUGUUUUGGUCAGAAUUAUCUGCUGACCGGUGGGGUCCGGGGCAGUGUUUGAGAAACCUGUCAUGUCUCACUGGUGUAUCAGGGAAAAUCAUUGCAUGUUAAUAUCAACCUUUUUAAUGCAGCCUGUCAUGGAAAAUCUCAGUGCCUACUAAUCUGACUUCUUCACCACAGUCAAUUCAAACACCUUCAAGGUAAUUUCCCUCUCAAAGUAUGGUGAUGGCAUCCUAUCAAGAAGCUAACACUACCUCAAACCACACAUGAGCACCAUGUCUUCAGCAUCUAUACACUCUCACCGCCCUUCUCAGGUGUACACUAGUACUGAUCUAAGCUACUCGUAUGACUGUUAGACUUGUUAUUGAAGACAAUUAAUUAAACAUUCUAUUAUUACUCUAAUUAAUUCAACACAUUUAAAUGCUUCCCCGUGUUAGUUGUGUUCUUGACAUCUGAAAAUUACAUGAAUGUGAGAGAAGACUCUUGCAAUUAUGGCUUGUUUUGUCUGUUGUUUGCAGUAUACUAACAGGAAGUGAAAAUUACAUCUGAAGUGUCAAAUCGUUUCUCUCGGUGUUUUGACGUUUGCAGUAUACCAACAGGAAGUGAAAAUCACAUCUAGUGCUUUGUGCUUGUCGGAAAGUGUCAAAUUGGCUGUUUUGUACUAGAAUAUUUGAAUACAGUGUGACAUGUAAAAUUUUUUUUUUGUGUGUGUGUGUGACACAUUUGGACCUGCAGAAUAAAGAGAUGUUUUCCAAAACAA